AUGGAUAGUAACAAUUAAAAAGUAGAUAAAGUUUUUGAGAAUUUUCUGGUUAUGGGUGUUAAUACCUAGGCUAAAGAUAUCACCUAUGAAAUGAUAAUAAACAAAUAAAAUGACCUUUCUAUUGAUGUAAUCGAUAUAGUUCCUAAUGUACCUUAAAAAGAUAUACCUCAUUAUAUAUUAGGGAUGAAGGAGUUUCUGUUUCCUGAUGGAUUAAAAAUAUAUGAUGACAAGCUGAAAGUGAUUAAUUGUACUGAUUAAUUCGACACUUUGAAGUUAGAGUAGUAGUUUUGCAAGUAAUAUGAAAAGAUAAAUUAGAUUCAUAGAAAGGAUAUUAUAUUUCAUUUCGUUAGCACUGAUGAGUAUAAAGUUAGAAGAUAUUGCACAGCCUUAAUUUUCCAUGAAAAGUUCUACAUUAAAAAUGAUUACAAAUAUACGUCUAAAAAGUAAGUUUGUAAAAGUAUUCCAAAAAUUCCUGUUGGAUAGAUCAUCAAAAAUCCACUUAUCCUCGAUGAAGAUACUGAUGUUAUCUAUAUCCCUAAAGCUAUAUGUCUAAUUUCAAGAUUACCUUUCUUCUAGUGCCAAAGAUAAUUUCUGUACUACUACUAUCAUAACAUCAUCAUGGGAAGAAUUAUUGGAUACAGAAAAAGAAUUAUCCCUGUUCCUAAUAAAAUGAUUAACAUUUUUAAUGGACUAAUUUUGUAAUCUGGUGUAAAAAUGGCUGAAAAAAUAUGGGAUAGUCAUUACUAUCAAAUAUCUCAAUAGUUGGAUAAAGACAUAGCAAUUUAGUACAAAGUGAAAGAAAAUCAUCUUAGUGAAUUUUAUUUAUCAUAUAUAUUCCAUCUCAUGAAUAUUGUAGAUGAAGACGUAUCUUUUUCCUUAUACAGGUGUUACAAAUUAGACCAAGUCAAAACAGAGGAUUUGAUUUUCAAAUUCAAGUUCUCAUCAAGAGAAACUCUCUCUCCUGAAAAUGUUAGCUAUGGUCCUCUUCUUAAAAGAAAUUUAACUUAAAUAAAUUUGUUAAAAAUAAUUAAAAACAUAUUGUUAGAAAGAUUUAUAAUAAUAUUUUCAAGUAGUCCUGGAGAGACUGCUUGCCUAACAGAGUCAAUAUUAAAAUUAAUUUAACCAUUGAGUCAUGUUACUACUUAUGUUCCCUUUACUAGUUUUCAAAAUCAUCUUGAUAAGCUGCUUGAAUCACUUGGUACUUCAGCUAUUAUAGGUUUUUCUUAAAUUUAUAAACAAUAAGUUUUAGAAAAGUUAAAUGAAAUAGAUAAAAGUUAAAAAUAGAUUGUCAUAGUUGAUUUAGAUGAAAACACUGUUGAAGAAGAUGCAUAAUUUAAUAUUUAACUCCCUUAAAGACCAAAAGAAAAGCUAAUAAAAGAUUUAACUUUAGCUGAAUAGGAAUUCAAAUCUUCUCGUGAUAAAAAUACGGCAUGGGAGAAAGCAAUAGUAGAAAUACAAAAGGCCUUUUUUAACUUUGUUCUGUACUUUGUGAAUAAUGUUACUGAAUUUUUCUAUAAAGAAGUCGUAUAGUAAAUACAUUAUGCUUCUGAAGAAGAGUUAAAUGCAAUAAAAAAUGAUAAAUAUUAUCUUAUCGAUGAUAAAUUUGAUAAAUAAUCAUAUCUAAAAAUAUUCCCUCUUGAGGACUAAGUAUUUAUGAGAGAGUUCAUCUACAAUACCAUGAUGUUUUCGUACUUUAUUCAACAAAUGUAUGAAGUGAUAUAUUUGAGAUUAUUUGAUAAAAAAUCUAUUUUAGAAUUUAAUUAAAGCUUGGAUAUGGUCAAAAAAGCGAGAUAAUAUUACAAUGAAAACCUUGGAAUAUAUCACUAUCCUCCUUACAUUGAAUUUGAUGAAGAUUUUUUUACUCAAGAAUUGUAUAACUCUUAAAAUUAAUUCAUAUCUAAAAUAAUUAAUCAGAAAGAAGAGCAGCUUUCUAUUUAUCCAUAUUUAGUAAAAUGGUUAAAAUAUCUUGAACUUUAUGAAAUUGAAAAGCUCGAUGGUAAAAAAAAAUAAAUUAAACAGACUUCAUUUUGGCAAAGAUUUUGGUCAGAAAACAUUCUUCAUUUCGUAAAUGCAGAGCAAAGAUAAUAAAAUAGGAAUCAGUUAAACAACAAUACAACAUUAUACAAAACACUUGAUUAAAAAAAAUUCUUAGACCUCUCAAACAUUUUCUAAGAAUACAAUAUUUCAAAUUAAAAUUUAUCAAGUAUUAGAAUAAAAUUAAAUAAUUAGUAUUCUUGA